GAGGAUAAUAACCCUGUAUUGUACUAUAAACUACAGGGGCAGAUAGCAGAGGAAGGGUAUGACCUACAGAAAUCCGAUUUUUUUAUUGUUUUGCAAAGUCAAAUUCAAAAAAAUAUGCUAACAAGAUUUGGCCACAAAGGCAUUUGCUGCGAUUCAACUCAUGGCACAAAUGCAUAUGACUUUACACUAACAACAAUAUUAGUCAUGGAUGAGUUUGAUCAAGGUUUUCCUGUGGGAUGGUGUUUGUCAAGUCAUGAGGACUUCAUCACCAUGACAAUAUUUAUUAGGGAAAUUAGGAAAAACUGUGGGGUCAUACAGUCCAAGUUUUUUAUGAGUGACAUGGCCCCACAGUUCUACAAUGCUUGGAUAGCCAUAAUGGAAGGCCUCCGCCCUGCUAAGCUUAUAUGCACCUGGCACACUGACAAAGCUUGGCAGUUAGAACUCAGAAGAAAGAUAGGUAGUAAGCAGGUUCAAGAGGAGGUGUACAAAAUGAUGAGGACUGCCCUCCAAGAAACUAAUGAAGAUGUUUUUGAGAAACUGCUUCUAGCUCUUCUAAACUACCUGGGCUCAAAAACAAUAGAAUUCUAUGAAUACUUUAGAAAAGACUGGGUGCUAAAGAAAAAGGAAUGGGCAUACUGUUAUAGAAAAGGAAUGGGGAUAAAUACAAACAUGUAUGUGGAAGCCUUCCACAGAGUGUUCAAAAGAGUGUAUCUCAAAGGGAAAGUGAACAAACGUGUAGAUACAUGUUUGGUAAAUCUCAUGCAGUAUGUGCGGGACAAGGCCUUCAAUAGGAUGAUAAAAAUGACAAAAGGAAAAUUAAGCUAUCGAAUAAACAACAUUUCUAAGAGACACAAACAAAGUUUGCUUAUGUCCCCACAAAAUGCUGUCACUGUAGGAGAUGGAGUAUGGUCUGUUUCAUCAGACGACAACAAACAUGUAUACAGAGUAGUUUUGCAUGCAAAUUGUUGCCCGGAAGAUACUAAAUGCAAGGUGAGAUGUAAAGAAUGCAAUAUUUGCAUUCAUCAGUCUCAAUGCACCUGUCCAGACUCCCUCAUAACAACAACAAUAUGCAAGCAUAUCCACCUGGCAAAGAGACUGGCCGAACAAAAAGAAAAUGAGCAUAAAAAAAAAGUCAAUUAGAAACAAAUUUAGACCAAGAAAUAGAAUUCCUGGCCAAAUGUGUAGAGUCCAAAAAACCUGAUGUGGAUUCAGCCAAAGAAAGAAUAAAGGAAAGACUCCUCCAGUUAUUAGAGAAAGUUGAUUGCUGUCACUCAGCAAGUAUUCUAAAACAGCUAGAAAAGGACUUGACAAAAACACAAAAUCAGCUUACAGCCUUAAUAAAAAAAGAGACUGAUACAAUCCCUCUGGCAAAUAACAAAACUGCUCCAGCAAACAAGAAAAUGGAGACACAGAGGUUCUACUCAACAAAAAAGAAAACUAAAAAAAAAGACUACAUGUAUUGUCAAAGCCCACUAGGGAAGAACAAGAUCAAAUCCUUGCAAGCUUAACUGACCCUGUCUCUCAGAUAGAUAACAAUACCAACAAAAUUGCGUGUGACAGUUGUGAAAUGGUACUUGACUGGAUGUGUGCAAAACCUGCUGGCAACAACUGGAUGUGCAAGGACGGCCUAGAGUCUGCAUCGAAAAAGCAGAAACUUGUAUAGCAGUCUAUCCAAUACUUUAUUACUAGGGUCCCAGCAUGCAUAGGCAAUGGCAACCUCAUAAAAUGGAAGGGAAUUAGGUUGAACUUCAUUGAGCAUGAAUUUACAAGUUUUAUUUGAAUAUUGUUCUGUAUAAUCCUGUUUAUAAUAUUUCUAAGUGUUUGGUUGUUUGAUUUGAGAAUUGUUACGGGGCGACAAUUCUGCUAUUAAUCCUUGUUCGCACUGAAAUUGUCUAAAAACCCAAGCUACUACUUGGUUGAAGAGUAGUUGCUAUCACCUUGAUGGAUACAUAUCUUCAAUACCAUUUAUCCUACUGUAGGAUGACGCUACGUCCUGUACAGACUGGUGUAGGGGACAAUGGGUAAUUAAAAUGAAGACUGCCAUAUAAUUGAGACAUUAUUUUAACAAGUUUUUGCUUGAAAUUAAAUGCCUGGCCAAAGCUGA